UGAGAUUGGCCACAACGCUGCUUUUCGGUCUGAAAAAGAUUACACUGUAUCUGUAGAUGGAACCUAUGUUUUACAUGACAAAAUAGGAAAAGGCUCGUUUGGAAAUGUGUACAAGGGGUAAACCCAUUUCAUCCUGUUUUUAAUCAUGUCCAAAUCUGAUAUCCACAUUGUCAUAUCCUGUCUGUUGAUGUCUGGCUUGCAAUCUUUUAUAAUACUGACUUAUUAAAACAUGGGUUUAAACACUAUUAGAAUCAAAAAAUCAAAUGGACAAGUGGUUGCAAUCAAGGUUCUAGACCUCGAUACCGAUGAGGAUGAAAUAUCUGAUGUGCGGAAAGAAAUUGCGUUGCUUUCUACAUGCGAUUCAUCAUCCAUCACUCGAUAUCAUGGCUCUAUUUUGAAUGGAAGCAAGUUAUGGAUCAUCAUGGAUUAUGCUGGUGGUGGUUCAAUUCGUGAACUUCUUAAAUCUGGCCCCAUUGAUGAGCGUUAUAUAGCAAUUGUGGCUCGUGAAGUGCUUUUAGCGCUUGUGUAUCUACAUAAAUCUGUUGGGAUUAUUCAUCGUGAUAUUAAGGCUGCAAAUAUCCUCCUUACUGAUUCUGGACAAGUGAAGCUGUGCGACUUUGGCGUAGCCGGCCAGAUUACAACAACUUCUGCUCGUAGAAACUCAUUUGUAGGAACACCAUAUUGGAUUGCACCUGAAAUCAUCAAACGUGCCCAGUACGAUUUCAAGGCUGAUAUUUGGUCACUAGGUAUUACAAUUAUUGAAAUGGCAACAGGAAAUCCACCAUUUGCCGAUCAAGAGCCUCGUCGUGCUCUUUUUUUAAUUCCUCGUACACGACCUCCAAAGCUUGAGGGCCAUUUUUCAACCUCGAUUCAAGAAUUUAUUGCAGGCUGUCUAAGAGAAGAACCAGAGGAUCGGCCUAGUUCUGAGCAGCUUUUAAACUUCAAAUUCAUCAAAGAUGCAAAAAAGGGCACAGAUUCUUUGAGAGAAUUGUUACAGCGCCAAAAACAAUGGAAAAUCCAAAAUAAUGAUCCAGACGAAGUGUCAUUUGAAGCCAAGUGGGUCUUUUUAUCUUGA